GAUAAGAAAUGAGGCUCCUUUAGAAUAUGAACUCUAUAUUGACUGGUAGCAGGAAUAUCUAAUUUGAGUCCGAUUUCUAAGAUAUUUUGCGGCCAGUCGUUGGAUUUUAUCGGUCAGCCAAGAAAACAUGGCUGUGGUGAAGCGUCAUGACUGGUGUGCCCGCCCACCAGAUCAGACAAGGUACUUGAAGUUACCCGUCAAGAAUGUGUUCCUCCACAGGACGGACACGGAACCGUGCUUUAACUUAACAAAUGGUCUACUCUCCAUGAAGAGGAUACAGAACCAACACAUGGAUAAUGAAUCGAUGAAAGACAUACGAUUCAACUUCGUGAUUGCUGAGGAUGGGAUCAUAUAUGAAGGGUGUGGUUGGAGAAUCGGCGCCCAUACUGCGGGAUUCGACGACGUAUCUGUCGGUAUCGCUAUUAUGGGGAACAGCUUUAUGUGUAGACUACCAAAGCAGAAAGCCCUAGACGCUGUAAAAUUCUUAAUUGACCAUGGGGUUGGAGCUGGAAAGAUCGACCCCGACUACCGGCUGUACGCUCACAAGGACACCAUGUCGUCAGGCUCCGAAUGCCCUGGGGAGGCUCUCAUCAGACACAUCAGGACCUGGGACAAAUAUGAUGAUAAGAAACCGAUGAGAGAGAGCAUAGAAAGCGUCUAGAGGCGCCGUCGUACUCCCCCAGUGGUGUUCGAGGAAAAUCACCCAGAACCAACAGCUGUCAAUGAAUCGGACAUCAGACAUCCAAAUACGAAACGAACGCCACAACGGACAUGCGGAGGCAAUUAGACAUACCAAAUGGGAUUCCAUGCUUUGCCAUCAAUAUUUUCGAAACUUCAAACCAGCAGCCCCCCCCCCCCCCCCCCCCCCCUUAGAGGAACAGAUCUUCAGACUGUUUGAUAUGGUCCAUUAAUAUAUAUACUAUAAAACGCCAACGUUUAACAGUGACAUCUCACGACAGGAGAACGCCGUGCUAAUGUGACAGUGAAGCUUGGUUACAGAGCGUUCUUUUUUCAAAGAUCAUAGAAGGCGUUCCAGAGGCGCCGUCGUACUCCCCAAGUGGAUAGCGUUCCAGUGGAACAGUACACACACAUCACGUCAUGGCAGCACAGUAGCUGUCAUACAUGUGCAUAAAUACUCAACUAGGUUAUGUUUGUCUUUGAUGUAAUGUGUAGAUAACACAACUUGGUCAAGUUCUUCUUUGAUAUGAUAUACCGCGCAAAUAGAACCUGGCUAGGUUUCCUUUCAAGUCAAAUAAGCUAAGUUAGGUCGUUUUUUUCGACGAAACACGUUAGUGUCCGCAUUACCACGGACUUACUAGUAUAAAAACGUGUAUAUAAGUAAGUCCGUGGUAUCUACUAGUAUGCAAGUCUGUGGUAUUAUGCUGCCAUUGGACCAAUUCCUGCAGUAGGUUGAGAAUGCCUGGGGGUCACCACCUGCGUGUCAGAAUGAUGAUACUACUCGAGCAACUAAUUGCAACAUGGUUAUCAUUUUUCCUCGGGCAUACAUCUUGGGAAAUAUUUGGUUUGUCCCUUCCAAUCGUUUCUGGAUCCUGCAACACAGUGAAACCACACUAUACAAGACAGACAUCGAUGCUUGGCGGAGACUAGAGAUGAAUGCUUAACGGACAGAGACACCACUCUUUGACAGGUACUAAAUAAGCUACCCACAGGUGGAUACUUUUUUCGUCGCAAACUUGCCAGACUCAAAAGACUGGCGGGUACCUUGUAUGAAAAAAGAACAAGAACGGUUGAAAAACCUUUUUUGUUCGCAGUUCCUAGGUUAUCUCUGUUAGCAGUAUGGCUUGAAGCAGACUAAUAACAAGGCUAUUAAUCAUGUUACACUUAUUAAUAGGAGGCAUAGACACACUAAUACAUAGCGACGAAGAAUCCUUGCAGAUAAUUCGGAAAGAGACUCAUUAGUGCCCGAGUGUAGAAAGCCGUUACUUGCAAGAUGUCUCCAUUUGUUACUUUUUUACCCCUGUGUGUGAAUUGGCUACACUUCUAUCAGAGAAUAUUUUUACUUGGGCUUACAUCGGGUCCAAGAUAAAUACAGCCCCCCGGAUGCAUUUGUUCGUAUCGAGCAGAGUAGUUUCUUUGUAAGUCUACUUCCAAAAUGGUCGCCUG